CAGAUACCAAGCAAGUCCCUCUUGAUGUUAUUUCAUGCCGUGGCUCUGAUAAUGGUACAGUUAUUGACUAUAGUAAGACUAGUCCUUGUAGGACCUCUGCUCAGUUGAAGGUACGACAGUUGGAUGAAAGGCAAGAGUUGGAACUUCGUGAAUUCAAGGCUAAACAAAGACAGGAAAGGUUGCGUCUGCAUAAAGAACUCAACUUAGAUGUGAAUGGGGGUUUAGGUGAUACCUUUUCCUUGGAUGAUGAUAUAAAGUGUCACAAAUCAGUUUGUCUUGGCAUUGACCCUCAUAGCAGUUCUGAUCGUGAAACGACUAGCCAGGCGAGCAGCGCAGAAAACAAAGGGGUUGCCGCUACGUUGCCUUGUGUCAGUGUUGGCCAUGAGUUGCCGAAAGUAGAAUUAAGCAGCUUUGACGGACAUCCAGCCAAAUAUUGGAAGUUUAUGAGGCAGUUUGAGCUCUACGUUGUCUCUAAGGUUGAUGAUGAUGGACAGAGGCUGUUAUACUUGUUACAUUACUGUAAAGGUAAGGCCAGGGAGGCUAUAGAGGAAUGCAUUAUGUUACCACCAUCUGCUGGUUAUCGUAGGGCUCGGGAUAUACUCAACGUUUGUUUGGAAGGACUCAUGAAGUCAGCCGGGCCUUACUACAGGAUCUGAUGGAAUGCUCGAACAUAGAACAAAACGAUGCUGAGGCAAUGUCGAGGUUAGCUAUAAAAAUGGAAAACUGCGCUAUAGCCCUAGAGCAAAUGGACUAUACUGCGGACCUUAACUCCUUGAGAACUUUAGAAGGUAUAGUAAAGAAAUUGCCCCGUGUGUUACAGAUGAAAUGGGCGGAGACUGUCGAAAAGCUAACUGAAACCGAACGAGAACCUACCUUCGCAGAGUUAACGCAGUUUGUGUCAGCACGUGCGAGCAUUUUGCUAAGUAGGUUUGGACAGCUGGCAACAAGCAGUCGACGACCAGAUAGUAAAAUAGCAUGUUCCACGCAGCAGCUAGUACCCGUUGGGGGAGUCCUGAAACCUUCAUGUAUAUUUUGUGGAGGGAACCAUGUAGUCACAAAAUGUACCACAUUUCUGUCGUUACCGGUGGAUGAGAGAUGGUCGAAGGCUAAAGAAACAGGUUGUUGUUUUUCAUGUCUUAAAAGGGGCCACAGGUCCGUAGAAUGUAAAAUUCACAGGGUGUGCAGUGUAGAAGGUUGUAAAGCAUACCAUCACCCUCUGUUACACAAGAAGACCCACCACGCCGUAGGCGAACAACCGGAGAAAGGUAGUUGUGGAUGCACCGAGUCUCUCAGAGAAAGCGUGUGUUUGGGCCUACUCCCGGUACGUGUAAAGCACGGUAAUAAAGAGGUUUACGGUUAUGCUAUCUUGGACAAUGGCUCUGAUACAACUUUGAUCACGAAAAAUGUUUUGCAACUUCUAGGAUUGUCGACUGACGGCACAAAGACUAUCAUCAAAACUGUUAGUGGAAGUAGAUUGGCGGACUCAGUCAGCAAGCCUUUCGAAGUUUAUUCACUAGACGGAAACGAAUGCAUACUUAUAGAUCGAGCAGUUGUGGCAAGAGAUCUCCCAGUACGGAGACCUAAAGGGUCGAUGCGAGAAAGUAUUAAAAGGUGGCCGCAUCUGACUGACGUACCCUGGACAGAGGUGGAAGACGGGGAGGUAUUGCUGCUCAUCGGUUGCGAUGUACCUGAGGCUCACUGGGUUCUAGAUCAGAAGUUAGGGGGCAGAAAGAGCCCAUAUGCUGUGAGAUCAUUGUUGGGCUGGGUCGUGUUCGGUCCGACAAGCUUUCGUGAGCACAGGGAGAGGGUUGUGAAUUGUAUGUCUCGGUCAGAUCUAUUAGUCGAUCAAUGGAAGAAAAUUUACGAUUAUGAGUUCAGCGAUUUGUACUCGGGAGAUAAGUCGUUAUCUCUCGAUGACCUAGCCGCUGUAAACAUAGUGCAGCGAGGUACUUAUUGGGAUAAUGGACAUUUCGUUGUCCCCUUGCCCUGGAAAAUGGAGUCCAAGAGAGUAUACGGUGGAUGCGAAGUAGCCAGGCGACGUUUGGAGAGUUUGAAACCAGACUAAUAUCCUCUGAAAGCCUUCGCGAAAGCUACACUAGCGCCAUGGAAGAGACCAUCAGAAAGGGAUAUGCAGCAGUAGCUCCUGAGCCCCAGCUUGAUCCUAGCUACCGCCCACGAUGGUAUUUGCCGCAUCAUGCCGUAUUUAACCCCAAGAAACCGGGGAAGGUAAGAGUUGUGCUGGACUGCGCUGCCAAACUGUCCGGAACUUCUUUAAAUGACUUCCUGUAUCAGGGACCAGACACGACAGCGAACUUGGUUGGAAUAUUAUUGCGUUUUCGCAAAGAACCGAUUGCCCUGACGUCCGAUGUGGAAGAAAUGUUUAUGCAGGUGAAAGUCCCAGAGUUUGACCGAGGUGCUCUGCGGUUCCUAUGGUGGCCUCAGGGUGAUUUCUCGAAGGAACCUAUUGAAUAUCAAAUGACGUCACACCCAUUCGGUGCAGUGUCCUCACCGUUUUGUGCGUAUUUUGCAAUGGCCGAGACGUAUGCCAACGAUUAUGAUAGCUAUGUGGUGGAAGCAGUGAAGCAUAACUUUUAUGUUGAUGAUUGCCUAGUGUCCUUUGCAAGCCCAGGUGAGGCAAAAACGUUCGUAAAACAGUCCACUGAGUUGUUGUUACGUGGUGGCUUUAAAUUGAAGAAGUGGGUGACUAAUUCAGAGGCAGUGAGAGUAGUUCUUCCUGGUCUGAGCCACACAGAGAACUCAGUCGACUUACGUGUUAGUCAAGGCUCAAUCCACAGGGCCCUAGGUUUGGAAUGGGACACCAUGCAUGAUGUUUUUAAGUUCCGAUUUGAACCCGUCGAAAAACCCUUCACGAAGAGAGGACUACUAUCCACCGUCUCAGCUCUUUUUGACCCACUAGGCCUCAUCGCCCCAGUUUGUCUUCCGGCCAAGCAGCUAUUGCAGAAUCUUUGCAAAUCUCAUGCUGGUUGGGAUACACCCCUGAGUUCCAAUGACCUAUCCCUAUGGAUGGAUUGGAUGAGGUUCAUGAAGAAUCUUGGGCAAAUCUCCGUACCCAGAAGUAUCAAGAAGGAGGAUAAGAGUGAGAUGAGUAAGAUUGAGUUGCACUUAUUUUGCGAUGCCUCUGAAUCUGGUUAUGGAGAAUUAAUAAAGGAACUCCGAGAAAAGGGUAGUUGUGAGAAUGAAGAAGGAGAAUUGCAAAGGUUGUCACCUAUACUUGUGGAUGGAUUGGUCUGCGUCGGUGGGAGGUUGAACUAUUCCGACUACCCACUUACUUUUAAGCAUCCGGUUAUCCUCCCCAGACAUCACUUCGUGACUGAGCUGAUCAUAAGGCAUUAUCAUAUUAUAGAAGGACAUACUGGUACUUCGCAAGUCCUGGCCACUCUACGAAGAAACUAUUGGAUAAUUAAGGGGAUCAGUGCGGUCAAACGGGUGAUAAGAAAGUGCAUAGAGUGCCGACGAUUGAAAGCUGCACUGGGUCAGCAGAUGAUGGC